AUGAAACCUGUUGUAUUUACCAUACAAUCUCUUCUCGUCUCUUCAGUAACGGCUAUCUGGCCGAUACCCGUCUCUCACGAGCACGGCGAUACUGUUCUUUUCAUCUCCAAAGAUGUACCAUUCUACUGGUACGAACCUGGCGCAAGAAAUGUAGGCUCGAACAUACAUCAGAUUCCCUUUCUCUUUGCAUCGAAUUCUAACGGCACUCCCGCUGUACAGGACAGCAGCCAGCUCAAUUUGCGCAAGAGUUACACUGAACCAGUGCUUAGCGAAGCAUCCAAGAACUCAACCCAGGAAGGCGUUACAAGCGACGACAUAAUUGAGUACGCUAUCGGUUCUACGUGGCAAACAGUUUUCAACAACAACUUCUACCCAUGGAAAUUCCACCCUAGGGACUGGGAUGAGCCAUCCCCAAGCGCGUCGAACACAACAUACGUCUCUCGCAUCGAUGUCAAAUUACUCAAAGCUGAUCAACCGGAUGUCGCCAAGUCUCUCGCUGGAGAGGUGGACGAAUCGUACAGCUUGACUUUAACAGAGCAGGGUGUUGCAAGCAUCAGCGCGAACACUAGCAUCGGAAUAGCACGAGGCUUGACGACAUUCACACAGCUCUUCUAUGCACACUCGAACAAGCAGGAUGUAUACACACUUUCGGCCCCUGUGCAGAUAUUCGACAGUCCGAAAUUCCAGCACCGUGGCAUUAAUCUCGACACCUCACGAAACUACUUCUCUACGGCCGACGUCAAGCGACAAAUCGAGGCGGCUGCUUACAACAAGAUGAAUCGGUUCCAUCUCCACGUAACGGAUAGUCAGUCCUGGCCUUUGGAGAUACCCUCCAUGCCCGAACUCUCCGCGAAAGGAGCGUACCGUCCGGACUUAGUCUACACAGCAAACGACUUCAAGGACUUCCAACGCUACGCAGCGAUUCAGGGCGUGCAGAUGAUCACCGAAAUUGACAUGCCAGGUCAUACCUCAAGCAUACACCGUAGCUUCCCUGACCUGAUAGCAGCAUUUGAGCAACAGCCAGAUUGGAACACCUACGCCGCCCAGCCGCCAACCGGAACACUGAAGCUCAACUCCACUGCAGUCUACGAUUUCGUUGAAAAGCUAUUCGAUGACUUACUACCAAGGGUAUUCCCGUACUCAGCGUACUACCACACCGGCGGCGACGAAGUAAAUCGAAAUGCGUACCUACUCGAUGAUACUGUCAGGAGCAACGAUUCGGCCGUCCUGCAACCUCUUAUGCAGAUAUUCGUCGAUAGAGCUCAUGACCAGGUACGCGCCGCAGGGCUCACACCUGUUGUAUGGGAAGAGAUGCUGUUGGAAUGGAACUUGACACUCGGCUCUGACGUGAUUGUGCAAUCGUGGCAGAGUGACGAAGCAGUUGCACAAAUCACCGCAGCAGGACACAAAGCCUUGGUUGGAAAUUACAAUUAUUGGUACCUCGACUGCGGCAAAGGCCAGUGGCUCAAUUUUGAUCCUUCGGUCAGCGCCAAUUACUGGCCUUACCAGGACUACUGCGCUCCUUUCCAUAACUGGCGUCUCAUCUACUCCUACGACCCAUUGUCUGGCGUUCCAGCUGAGAACCAACAUCUCGUACUAGGCGGUGAAGCGCACAUGUGGGCCGAACAAACCGACCCUGUCAAUGUUGAUCGUAUGAUUUGGCCUCGUGCGGCUGCGGCUGCGGAGGUGCUCUGGUCGGGCGCCAAGGAUGGGCAGGGGCAGAACAGAAGUCAGAUUGAUGCAGCACCUAGGCUGAGUGAGAUGAGGGAGAGGCUGGUGGCGAAGGGAAUUGGUGCUGAGCCGAUCCAGAUGCCAUAUUGUACUAUGGAGGGGAACGUUUGUCAAUUAGGGUUUACUGGGUGA